AUGGCUUAUCGACGCGGCCGUUUUGAGGCGGACGCUCCUGCUUCCAUGUUCUCGCCGUCAGUUGCUCGAAUUGCCGCCACAGAGGCUAAAGACUGGUCGUUUGUCGAUUGCUGGGUCGCAGCGCAGUUUCCAGACCGUCAGCCACCGCCUUUUGAACGCAACGCGGACACUAUGAGAGCGUUGCUUGCUCUCAUCGCUUUCAGUGAUACGGCAUCUGAAGAAGCCCAUCUAAUAGCACGCGUUGAUCGAGAUGCUCUCCGCGAGUUGCCUCGGAACGCUGAUUCAGCAGGAAAUACUACGCUAGUCACCCCAUCUGCAAUGAGAGAGUCGUUGCUCCAUAUUAUUGAGCAAGAGCUGCCGAAAGAAGGAAGAAUCGCACUCGAUUCCAUGUCUUCCAUGGCACUCUCUACCAAGAUUUCUUUACCAGAGCCCGAGCACUUAGGCGCCGCUAUCAUUGGUACACAGUCUGCUAUCUUUGAAGUUGAGCAAAUGGCGUCUCGAGCCGAGUCUCUGGGGCGAAACAUCCACUCAGAAAUCGUGCACGCCAACAACGUGCUGAAAACGAUGCAGGACGAGGUUUGCAGCGUACCAGAAGGUCUUGCUAAACGCAAUUUGGAAUUGCAACGCACUGUGAAGGCAAUGACGGCCCAAGUACCGGAAUUUGGGAGGAGGAUCGCGUCACUGAAAUCAGCUACUGCUUCCUCGGACUUCACAGUACACGAUAUUCUCCGGGAGGAAGACGAUUUUAUCGCCUUAGUAGAGAACAAAAAAGAGCUCGAGAAUCGUAUAUCUGUAUUUCGCGGUCUUCCGAGCAACCCAGAUUUGGCUAGGGAUGAGUUGAAUGCCUACCGAAGAGAGCUACAAGGUAUCAUGUCGCAACGAGAUGCAGCGUUCCGAGGUCUAGUGGAACGCGAAACGCCGGCGAAGAGGUGA